AUGGAGUAUUGUUACCGCACUUCUAAGGCAUCACACUUGGUUAGGACAGGGAUAUUCCGGGUUGGUUGGGCAGGGAUAUUCUGGGUUGGUUGGACAGGGAUAUUCCGGGUUGGUUGGACAGGGAUAUUCUGGGUUGGUUAUGACAGGGAUAUUCCGGGUUGGUUGGACAGGGAUAUUCCGGGUUGGUUGGACAGGGAUAUUCCGGGUUGGUUGGACAGGGAUAUUCUGGGUUGGUUGGAUAGGGAUAUUCCGGGUUGGUUGGACAGGGAUAUUCCGGGAAGGUUGGACAGGGAUAUUCCGGAUUGGUUGGACAAGGAUAUUCCGGGUUGGUUGGACAGGGAUAUUCCGGGUUGGUUGGACAGGGAUAUUCCGGGUUGGUUGGACAGGGAUAUUCCGGGUUGGUUGGACAGGGAUAUUCUGGGUUGGUUGGACAGGGAUAUUCCAGGUUGGUUGGACAGGGAUAUUCCGGGUUGGUUGGACAGGGAUAUUCCGGGAAGGGAUGUUCCGGGUUGGUUGGACAGGGAUAUUCCGGGUUGGUUGGACAGGGAUAUUCCGGGUUGGUUGGACAGGGAUAUUCCGGGUUGGUUGGACAGGGAUAUUCCGGGUUGGUUGGACAGGGAUAUUCUGGGUUGGUUAGGACAGGGAUAUUCCGGGUUGGUUGGACAGGGAUAUUCUGGGUUGGUUGGACAGGGAUAUUCCGGGUUGGUUGGACAGGGAUAUUCCGGGGAUAUUCCGGGUUGGUUGGACAGGGAUAUUCUGGGUUGGUUGGACAGGGAUAUUCCGGGUUGGUUAGGACAGGGAUAUUCGGGGUUGGUUGGACAGGGAUAUUCCGGGUUGGUUGGACAGGGAUAUUCGGGGUUGGUUGGACAGGGAUUUUCUGGGUUGGUUGGACAGGGAUAUUCCGGGUUGGUUAGGACAGGGAUAUUCGGGGUUGGUUGGACAGGGAUAUUCCGGGUUGGUUGGACAGGGAUAUUCUGGGUUGGUUAUGACAGGGAUAUUCCGGGUUGGUUGGACAGGGAUAUUCGGGGUUGGUUGGACAGGGAAAUUCCGGGUUGGUUGGACAGGGAUAUUCCGGGUUGGUUGGACAGGGAUAUUCCGGGUUGGUUAGGACAGGGAUAUUCCGGGGAUAUUCCGGGUUGGUUGGACAGGGAUAUUCCGGGUUGGUUGGACAGGGAUAUUCUGGGUUGGUUGGACAGGGAUAUUCCGGGUUGGUUGGACAGGGAUAUUCCGGGUUGGUUGGACAGGGAUAUUCCGGGUUGGUUGGACAGGGAUAUUCCGGGUUGGUUGGACAGGGAUAUUCCGGGUUGGUUGGACAGGGAUAUUCUGGGUUGGUUAGGACAGGGAUAUUCCGGGUUGGUUGGACAGGGAUAUUCCGGGUUGGUUGGACAGGGAUAUUCCGGGUUGGUUGGACAGGGAUAUUCUGGGUUGGUUAGGACAGGGAUAUUCCGGGUUGGUUGGACAGGGAUAUUCUGGGUUGGUUACAACAGGGAUUUUCCGGGUUGGUUGGACAGGGAUAUUCUGGGUUGGUUGGACAGGGAUAUUCCGGGUUGGUUGGACAGGGAUAUUCCGGGUUGGUUGGACAGGGAUAUUCCGGGUUGGUUGGACAGGGAUAUUCUGGGUUGGUUGGACAGGGAUAUUCUGGGUUGGGAUAUUCCGGGUUGGUUGGACAGGGAUAUUCUGGGUUGGUUGGACAGGGAUAUUCUGGGUUGGUUGGAUAGGGAUAUUCCGGGUUGGUUGGACAGGGAUAUUCCGGGUUGGUUGGACAGGGAUAUUCUGGGUUGGUUAGGACAGGGAUAUUCCGGGUUGGUUGGACAGGGAUAUUCCGGGUUGGUUGGACAGGGAUAUUCCGGGUUGGUUGGACAGGGAUAUUCUGGGUUGGUUAGGACAGGGAUAUUCCGGGUUGGUUGGACAGGGAUAUUCUGGGUUGGUUACAACAGGGAUUUUCCGGGUUGGUUGGACAGGGAUAUUCUGGGUUGGUUGGACAGGGAUAUUCCGGGUUGGUUGGACAGGGAUAUUCCGGGUUGGUUGGACAGGGAUAUUCCGGGUUGGUUGGACAGGGAUAUUCUGGGUUGGUUGGACAGGGAUAUUCGGGUUGGUUAG